UGGUGCAUGUGGAGUGAAUCAGUGGCAGUGGGCAUGUGACAGUUCAAUCUGGGAACCUGAUCAACACUGCUGGUUGAGGACGAGUGGGCAGCAGCAUUAUGGAUUGCAAGAAUGGAUUCCAGCUGGGUAUCUCCCUUUUAGUGGUAGUCUUGGUGGGCCAUUGUGAGGCAUUCUGGUUUUCCUGGGGCAGUACAGACGGUACCACUGAGGCCCCAUUACUGGACAAUGAGGGAUCUGGGAACCCAGUGACUAGCAGUGAAUUACCAACGCCGGAGAACAUUGAAGAAGUGGGGGCAGAUAUCAUUGAUAUAGCAAGCGGGAUACAUACGUUUGUGCAAACUUCGGACCAGAAUGCGAAGGACUCGGAGGCCCCCAAGCUGAUCACUGUGAGGUCACAAGCCAGGAAUGAGCGCCCAAUGGAAAAGGGCGCCGGUCGGCCCACGUCAAGGGGAAGUAAACCUGUAGAUGAGAUUGGUGUCUCCCUCCUGCACCUGAUCGGGGACCCUCCCCCAGACGAGAUCACAAAGAUCUACGGCCCCGACAACAGCCCCGGCUACGUCUUUGGUCCCGACGCCAACACGGGCCAGCUGGCACGCGCCCAUCUUCCCAGCCCCUUCUACCGGGACUUCUCCCUCCUCUUCAACCUGAAGCCCCAGUCCACCAAGGGCGGUGUCAUCUUUUCGGUCACAGACGCCUCUCAGAAGAUCAUGUACGUGGGCGUCAAGCUGUCGCCAGUCAAGGCGAGCAGGCAGAAUGUCAUCUUCUACUACACAGAGCCCGACUCGCAGGUGUCGUACGUGGCGGCCACCUUCUCCGUGCAUAACCUGGCCGACCAGUGGAACCGCUUCUCCAUCUCCGUGCUGGACGACAAGGUCACCUUCUACAUCAACUGCGACGACCAACCCCAAGUGGUACGCUUCGAGAGGUCCCCAGAUGAGAUGGAGCUGGAGGCCGGAGCCGGGGUGUUCGUGGGCCAAGCCGGAGGGGCCGAUCCCAAUAAGUUCCUGGGGGUGAUUGGGGAGCUGAGGGUUGUUGGAGACCCCCGGGCUGCUGAAAGACAGUGUGAGGAGGAAGGGGAUGACUCGGAUGUGGCUUCAGGGGACGGCGGAAGUGGCGACGUGGAAGGGAAACUGGACGGGAAGAAGAACGGCCCGGAGGUACAAAAAUAUGUGUGGGUUGAGGACGGUAGACCGACAGUUACGACUACUCCUCCGUCGUCACGCCCAAUUCAGCAGCCCCCGGUGACCCGGCAACAACCAGAGGUGUCUCCCAAGAAAGAAACGGGCCCGGGUGUAUCUAGAGGAGAGAAGGGUGACAGAGGAGAGAAAGGAGACAGAGGUCCUUUCGGUCCAAAGGGAGAUUCUGGGUCUGAGUCGGGCACACGAGGAGAAGCACGUGGAGAGAAGGGAGUGCCUGGAGAAAAGGGAAUGAAGGGAAAAGCAGGCUUUGGAUACCCUGGGUCGAAGGGCGACCCCGGCCCCGCUGGUCCCCCCGGACCACCCGGCUCCCCGGGGCCCGCGGCAGAGGUGGUAUCACGUGGCGACGGCUCCGUGAUUCAGACGGUUGCAGGUCCCAGAGGACUAGCUGGAACUCCGGGACCCGCAGGCCCUGAGGGACCCGCAGGAGCCGACGGAGAGCCUGGUGAUCCUGGUGAAGAUGGAUCUCAAGGCCCUGUUGGACCGCCAGGCUUCCCUGGAACACCAGGAGACUCCGGUCUCAAAGGAGAGAAGGGUGACCGUGGUGAGGGCCAGCCGGGCCCCAGUGGACCUCCAGGGCCCCCCGGACCCCCAGCAGCAUCCAGACACGACCGGCCGACCUUUGUGGACAUGGAAGGCUCUGGGUUCCCUGACUUGGAGACUCUUCGGGGACUGCCUGGUUUGCCUGGCCCUCCUGGACCCCCCGGGGCCCCAGGUCCCGCCGUUGCUGGGACAGGGCUCUCUCGCUCGUUUGGCCCCCAAGGUCCCCCAGGACAAGAUGGUGCCCCUGGUCAACCGGGGUUACCCGGCCCACCUGGUACUGAUGGUCGAACAGGAGUUGCAGGGGCCAGGGGAGAGAAGGGUGAUCCAGGUGAACUCGGUCUUCCGGGAGCAGUCGGCGCGAAGGGCGCACAGGGAUUGACUGGCAACCCCGGUCAGCCAGGACAGGGUGGAUUGGCUGGCCUUCCUGGACCAAUGGGACCAGUGGGACAACCCGGGCCACCAGGACCCCCCGGACCAAGCUAUCAUGCUGGCUUUGACGACAUGGAAGGCUCUGGUGUGGGAGUGGCCAAUGGGGUUUCUGGAGCCAGAGGGCCAGAGGGGCGACAGGGUCCUGCUGGCAUCCCUGGCCUACCGGGCAAGUCUGGUUUCCCUGGUAUUCCUGGCGAGAAGGGAAGUGAAGGACUACAAGGAAGAGAUGGCCGACCAGGGUUGGACGGUUUCCCUGGACCUAAUGGACAAAAGGGGGACAGAGGAGAAAGAGGUGAAACUGGUCGCGAUGGAAACGGACAGCCUGGGCCACCAGGUCCACCCGGCCCACCAGGACAAAUAAUCUACCAGACCUCUAGCAGCUAUGAUGGUGUCGGUAGAGGAGCUGGGUCCCAGGGUGGAGCUGGUCUACCUGGCCAAGCUGGAUUCCCUGGCCCUAUUGGACCAAAGGGCAACAUGGGAGACCCAGGCCAGCCCGGUUAUGGAGUCAAGGGCGAGAAGGGCGAGCCUGGCUUAAUCAUUGGGCCUGAUGGGAGUCCUUUGUACCUGGGAGGAUUGUCGGGUGAGAAGGGCGACAGAGGACCUGCUGGACCCGUCGGGCCUCCUGGGCCGUAUGGACCUUCUGGGAUAAAGGGUGAAUUUGGAAUGCCCGGAAGACCUGGUCGUCCUGGUGUAAACGGAUACAAGGGUGAAAAAGGAGAGCCAUCCACAGGAGCCGGAUUUGGCUACCCAGGUGUCCCAGGCCCACCUGGGCCCCCAGGACCAGCCGGACCAGCUUUGCCUGUGGACCGCUUCAACGGAUAUGACGCCUCAAGGAAUUAUCCUGCGACAAAGGGGGAGAAAGGUGAUCACGGAGCUCAAGGUCUCCCAGGAACGCCAGGUGUGGCCUCUAACUUAGACAUACUCACAUUCAAGAAUGACCUGAAAGGAGAGCGCGGGGAUUCAGGAGUGAAGGGGGAGAAGGGAGAGCCAAGUGGUGGGUAUUAUGACCCCCAUUUUAGAGGACAACAAGGCCCACCAGGACCCCCUGGAAACCAAGGACUUAUGGGUCCAAAGGGAGAUUCCAUCAUGGGCCUCCCUGGUCCCCAGGGCCCACCAGGCUCCCCAGGGAUCGGCUACGACGGUCGUCCAGGAAUCCCAGGCCCACCAGGUCCUCCCGGGCCCCCAGGGUCCCCCUCACUACCAGGGGCCUAUAGACCUAACCACUCCAUCAAUAUUCCUGGUCCCCCCGGACCUGCUGGACCACCUGGAACUCCUGGUCACACCUCAGGGGUGACAGUUUUGAGGUCAUACGACACCAUGAUUGCUACUGCAAGACGCCAGUCGGAGGGCACCCUCAUCUACAUUGUUGACAAAACAGAUCUCUACAUCCGAGUCCGCGAUGGAUUCAAACAAGUCCUGCUCGGUGACUACAGUCCCUUCUACAGAGAUCUGGACAACGAAGUAGCGGCAGUCCAGCCUCCCGCUGUUGUCAACUACCCCCAGUCUCAGGAUCACUCGGCCAACAAUGGAGCUGAACACUUCUCCCUAGGCGGUACCGCCACCCACCCCAUCGAGCCUCCUCCUCGCAAGCCCGUGGAGAUCCCCAGGCCUGCCAAACCCGACAACCACAACCCCAACCCCAGAUACCCCCCUCAGUACGACCCCAGAUACCCCCCUCAGACUGACACUAGGUACCCCCCUCAAACAGAUGGCCGCUACAGCCAUGUGCAGCCUGAGAACAGGUAUCCCGUUCAGCCCGAAAGCCGAUACCCGGUCACCCCCCAGCGAAGACCCGUUCCCCUUCCUGUUCCCCAGCCUGCCAGUCACUUGCACACAUCAGGGCCAGGACUCCACCUGAUCGCCCUGAACAUGCCCCAAGUGGGCAACAUGCGGGGCAUUCGUGGGUCAGACUUCCUGUGUUUCCAGCAGGCUCGUGCUGUGGGUCUGAAGGGCACCUUCAGGGCUUUCUUGUCCUCCAAGCUCCAGGACCUCUACAGCAUAGUUCGCAAGUCCGACAGAGACAGCCUCCCCAUCAUAAACCUGAAGGAUCAAGUGCUGUUUAAUAGCUGGGAGUCUAUGUUCAGUAAGACUGGGGGCAGGAUGAAGGAAAAUGCACCAAUCUACUCCUUUGAUGGCAGAGAUAUCCUUAGGGACAGUGCAUGGCCUGAAAAAAUGGUCUGGCACGGCUCUAGCAGCGAGGGUCACCGCCAGACUGACAACUACUGCGAGACAUGGAGGGCAGGAGACCGCGCAGUGACAGGCCUAGCAUCCUCACUGCAGUCCGGCCAGCUCCUACAACAGUCGCCCAGCAGCUGCUCUAGCUCCUACAUAGUGCUGUGUAUCGAGAAUAGCUAUCUCUCACACUCCAAAAAAUAAUUGUAAAAACCAUCCCUGUCACUUUGGUCCUAGUAAACGCAUUACAAGUGUCCAAACAAGCCCAUUCCUCCUCCCUCUGCCCCUAAAAAUAUGACAUAUUUCGAACUGGGUCUGCAGCGCUUGCCUGGCAGAGAAGCUUCCCAUUGUCUUCUCUAUCCCUUCCAUAAUGCCAAAGAGACGGGUCGAACAGAGAGGUGUUUGCCUUUUUCUCGGGGCAUUGGCACAUAUUUUCUAAGGGGUUGAACAAGAGAAGAGAAGCUAACUGCGGCAGCAUUUUUUUAUUGUAUGCGUAAAAAAAUAUGUUUGUAUAUGAUAUGUCUGUUUUGAGUUUUAUUAGCAUUUCUGAUUUUAUCAAUUUUACUUUUGAAUCUGUCUUUAAAUGUGGUAUAUUCAACCAUUUUAAUGUACCAUUUUCCAAAUGUUUGUUUGUUUUAUUUUAAUUUCAUUUAAGGCUUGUAGUUUACUAAAGGGUACAGUAACCUUUUAAAUGAUAUUUUAAGAAUUAAAGAAGAUAAUAGAUAUUUAUUUUUAAAUGAAGUUAUGUUAGAACACACAAUUUGAUUUACAAUAGUAACAACACAUGAAAAAUGCCCUAAUCCAUAUUGUAGUCAGCACUUUUUCACAGACUAUUUCAUACACUUACACAGGUGAGGGUGAGUUUCCUAACCUAAUAUGGAAAACUGUACGUUGUAAAAAUGAGUGUGUGGUUUUUGAAAUGCAUGUCAAAAGAGAUUGUGCUUUGAUGUCAAGAUACUUUAAAAAAUAAAAAUAAGUAAAUAAAACUAAGAUAAGAUAUGAUGACUCUUAGAAUAAAAAUUACUAAUUACUAUAAUGUUAUAUACCAGGUCACAAAUAUGUAAAAUGUGAUUAUAAAUAUGAUUUCUUUCAAUUCCACAUUCCACAGAUGUAGGAUCUUAAUUUGAUCACUCUAUGUUGCUGAGAACUUUCGUUCACAGCAGGAAAUGCAAACUUGUAGUGUAUUUAAGUUUUAAAAAGCUUCUAAAGUUUGAAAUUUCAGACUUGAUUUGCCCUUUCAAAAAAUGUAUCAACCCCUACAGAAAUUGCCAUUAAUUAUAAUUCACAUAAUUCACAUUUCCUGUUGCUGCAGGAUACUUUUUCUGCUGUUGCAAACUGGUUCAAAUUAAGAUCCUACAUCUGUAGACGUUUACUGUAUAUGUCUAGUUACCAUUUUACAUUUGGUGAACAUUAUGUUUUAUACGUCCUCAUUGGGCAUAGCCUACACUAAAUUCAUCAUACUCAUAUCCAAGACGCAAGUUACAAGGUCUUUCGUAACCGUAAAGCAGAUGCAGAGACAAAUUUGAUGGAAGGGUCAAUUUUGCUGUUAUUAAAAAUAAAUUAAAAUCCUGUUGAUAAUAACCUACCAUUGGGGUUUGAAAAUGUUUUGAGUUCAAUUUGGUGCUAAUCUCUAUUGGAGUGACUGCUGACUGUGAUGGUUGAGGAAACCCAGAUAUAUUUUAUUAAGACACUUUGUAGUAAGUAUCCUCGUGUUGAUGAAUUUCUGAGGCUAUCUUGGCUAUAGUGCUACUGUUGUUUCUUGACUGAACCAGUAUGAACCUGUGGAUAUUCAUUAUUUUUGUAACCAGUAUGUGCUGUAUCAUUUCGUAGAGGCACUGAAUAAACAUUUUCUUUUUUCUUUUA